AUGGCUAUCGCAGACUGGGGCAAGGAAUUACGCAUCUCUGAUGUUCAGAUGGAAGAUGCAGGGCAGUACCAGUGCAUGGGCCUCAACGUUUUGUCUUUGUCCAACCUUACCAAGGUUUUUGAUGUGAAUAUUGAAUCGGCACCCGAAUGGGAGAAGGAACCAGAGGACCAAGACAAAUCGGAAGGAGAGAUUGCAACUUUUAUUUGCAAAGCUAAAGGGGUGCCAGACCCUGUGUAUGAUUGGUUCAUCAACGGUGUCCCACUAUCAUAUUCCCCUAGUACUGAGAAUGUUUGGGAUCAUCCCAGAAUCUACAACAAUCCAAGGUUUCACAAAAUUGGCCACAACAACAUCGCAUUGAUAGACCUCACUCUCGCAGAUCACAUGAGCAUCCAAUGUAAUGCCAGCAACAAGCAUGGCUACGUCUUCUCUAAUGUCUACCUCAAUGUCAUAAACCAGGCACCUGAGAUUGAGCAGGAGCCGCCGGAUAGCAUAAAGGUUGCCGAGAGUCAGUCGGUGAUCAUCCCAUGCAUAGUCCGAGGCAAACCGGAUCCUCUGAUAGAAUGGUACCGCUACACGACGCUCAUCACUGGGGGCAGGUUCAAGAUCCUGCCAUCUGGAAGCUUAAAGAUUUCGAAUGUGACAGUGGCAGAUGCAGGUAAAUACCACUGCAAGGCCUCAAACAAGUUUGGCGUUGUGAAAUCAGCAAAAGUGUGUUCAGUGCAAGUUAAAAGAAAAACUCGCAUCGAGCAGUUCCCGGAAGACCUGGUUGUUAAAGCGGGAUUUGACGCAAAAUUCACUUGCUCAGGGUCCACAGAUUUCGACGAGGCGCGGAAUAUGGUCGUAACCUGGGAGAAGGACGAUAAACCUGUCGCUUCCACUGAAAACAGGAUGAAACAGAACUUCUGGGAUAAUUCGCUCACCAUUUCUGGCACCAUCGUUAGAGAUUCUGGGGUCUACACGUGCGUAAUCAGCAACGGUCUGGACACCGACAGAGCACACGCAUUCCUUACUGUGAAAGCUCGACCAAACCCACCAACCAGCGUGGAGAUCUAUCGCUGCCCAAACUGGGAUAACAAAGCUGAGCUUAGGUGGACCAAGGGCAUUGCAAACAAUGAACCUGUCACGUACUUCAUCAUUCAGUACAGCACGACCUUUAACCCCGACCGGUGGGUAUCAGCGGUAGCCGUGGACUACACGGAGAAUACUGCCACCAUUGACCUCUCUCCGUGGGUGAAUUACUCUUUCCGGGUCAUUGCACAUAACCAGAUCGGUUUGAGCGCUCCUAGUAAACAGACAUUGACCAUAUGUCGAACGAAUCCGACCGUUCCGUUCAAGAAUCCCGCCAACGUGAAAUCUAUUAGGAAUAGAAGGAAUAAGUUAAAGAUUGAGUGGAGUCCAAUGAAUCAAAUGGAGCACAACGGGGCUGGCUUCAAAUACUUGGUUUCAUAUCAGCGGCAGGGCGACCCUAUGAAGACCAUACUUCUAGAUGACUGGCGCAACAAUAGCGUCGAGGUCGACGCAACCGAACCAUAUUACCCAUACCAGGUGAAAAUACAGGCGAAAAAUAUCAUGGGCAACUCGUCGGCCAAAGUUGAUAACUUUACGCUUUAUUCCUAUGAAGAUGUGCCGUUAGGCAGGGUUUCGGGACUCGUUGUGUCAAACAUCAGCUCCACGAGCGCCACCAUCACAUUCUCCUGGGAUGAUCUUUGGCUUGAGAAAAAAGGCCAGACCGCUAGCGUUCGCGGGGAAUUCAAGGGCUUCAGGAUCCAGUAUUGGGUGGACGGUCAGAAAAAGAAAACCUUCCGGGAAGACGAUCUACCUGUGUCCCUGCUCUACCCCGUAGACUGGAAACCAGAUGGACAGACAACUCUUGUAAAACAAACUACAAGAUGAAUAAUCUGCCCCCGUUCUCGACGGUCAAACUGCGCAUUUGCAUCGUGAAUACUGUCUUCAUCGGUUAACCUAGUGAUGAGCUGACCAUACGGACUAAUGCUGGGGUUCCCGGACCUGUUCCGUACAUGGAGAUCAUGGCUAGCAGCAGUGAUUCCUUCACCCUGAAGUGGCGCCCCCUGGAGAUUGAGGAUCGACAUGGAAUCAUUCUUGGAUACGACAUUGCCUAUGAGAGAAUCGAGGGGCUGCAGCUUGGGCCGAUGAACGACAGGGAUGAACAGAUAAACGAACCGUCAAUUAACGAGGCCAAAUUGACAGGUCUGGUACCGAAUAUGAAGUAUCGUGUUCACAUCUUUGCGAGGACCCAGCAAGGUCGCGGGGAAGACUUUUUUAUUGAAGGCCGUACAUUGACGAAAUCAGAUCUACGAAUUCUAUUGGUUGGGCACACUGAUCAAGAAAACAAUGCAACUGGAAACACACUUCUUGGUAAACUUUUGUGGAGCAACAAACCUGGCCUCCUGAAAUCUCGCCGAAGGGUUGGAUGCAAAUUUGGCAGAAAGAUAGAAAUUGUUGAAGCGCCUCGUUUAUUUGACACCAGUCAUGAUGACCGAUAUGUUUCCAAUGAACUGACUAAAUGCGUCGGAUUAUCAAUCCCAGGAUUGAAUGCCAUUAUCUUUGUGUUGCCACCAGACAGAGUCUCUGAAGAGAUGGUCAAAACUGUUGACUUUUUCUUUGAAUUCUUUGGUAAAGAGGUAGAGGAGUUUGCUUUUGUACUUUUUACGAAUACUACGAAUACAACAGAAUUGCAUGAAUAUGUAGGAAAGCAUGAUUCAAAGACACAGGAAAAACUGAACAAGCUUCUAGAACGAUGCAAGGGGAAGGUCUUGAUGAUCGAAAACGAAUAUGACGAGGAAAAGAAACAAAACUAUGCUCAACAUAUCGUUGAAGUAAUUGAUAAGGCAAACGCGAAUGCAUCAAAACCUGUUUUCACUAAUGUCAUGAUUAAAGAAGUUGAAAACUUUGCCAUUCAAUCAUUCGGCAGCGAGACAUUUACGGUUCAGAAUCGAAUUCAGACAUCAUACGGUACAUGCAGUAUAAACACAGAUACGUUCAAGAAACAUAUUGAAAUUGAUGAAUCGUUUCUUGAAUCAGCUACGGACAUGCUAAAAACCAUUCGGCCACUUACACUCUACUCCAAUUGUUCACAUACCCAAGUCUUGUUGAAUGUACAUGUAUGCAUUUUUUGUGUUGCUGUUGGUUUGUUUUUCAAAUAUUGAAUGCAUUAAAUAGUUGUUGCUUAAGUAAUUUUGGCGCGUAUAUCCCUCUAGAUGAUCUAUAUAUGUUUUCGCAUAGAUGAUCGAAUUUGGGAUAUGAUUUCUAUAUUUCUAAAAUAAUUUAACAACGAAUGAAAAUAACAUACACGUGUUAAGUUGGAUUUAUGCGAUUUAUGUCCUUCAUAUGACUUCAUAUUAAUGUGUUUUCUUUUAACAAAACAACAACUACAAUUUGUGAAUAUAUAAAUAAAAAGAAUGCCUUAUAUUUGAAGUUUGCAAUAAUUAUAUUUCUCACUAAUCAAAUUUGGUGCAGAAUGAUCUUAUAAGUGUUGCAAUUAUUAAACCACGUUUGACAUUAUGUAGUCACUAUGUUAUCACAUUCUUACGAAAACAUGAUUAUUUCUUAUAUUGUAAAUUUACUCUUUUUUUAAACGAUGUUUAUUUUGUAUUAACUUCAUGCUGUAAGAGUAUAUAUAUAAUUGUUUGUAUGACGAUGAGCUUAUCAUGCUUAAGUCUGAACAAACUAUUCUGUUCUGUUCUGCUAAAAACAAAAUCUCUUCAAUGUAUAUCAACAGCAUCAAAGAUUGUUUAAA